AAUGAACGCCUUCGCCGAUAGCAAUAACCACUUAGCAUCCUACGGUUUCAAAAUGUCACCAGUCGGUCACGAUGGCUUAAGCCCCGAACCAACUUUAGGACAAACUGGUGCCCAAUAUGGACACCACCAUUUCCCCAACCAAACGCACCAUACGCACCAGCAACAACAUUAUAAUCCUGCCAAUACCACUGGUGUUGGCAACCCAGCGUACUCAGCCAGAGAUUUUUUGUUGAGGAGAGAAGACGCCUUUGCUAGUCACCAGAUUUCGAACCAGGAACCAGGAUUGUUUUCUCAGUUGCACCAUGAAGCGCCAGCGUAUAUGCACCAUGCUGGUUACCAUCAUCCGCAUCAUAUAAAUCAAUAUCCUUACCAUAAUGGACAGUCUGCCAUUUCGGGAUCGUCGUAUCAUGGGGCAUUUUAUAGGUAUACACGCCAAAAUCACGUAAGCGACGGCUUGCCCACCUCUGCAUCUCCCAGCACCAUGGGAAUGCGCGGAGAACUCUUGCGCUGUCUCUGGAUAGACUCCGAAGCCAUCGACGCGCCGACCCUGUCCACCCUCGACCCGGACCGAUCCGGCACCGCCGUUUGCGGAAAAACUUUCCGGUCCAUGCACGAUAUCGUUUCCCAUUUGACGGUAGAACAUGUCGGAGGUCCAGAACGGGCAGAUCACUCUUGUCGAUGGGCUGGAUGUUCCAGAUCCGGAAGAGCUUUCAAAGCGAAGUACAAGCUGGUGAACCACAUCAGGGUGCACACUGGCGAAAAACCAUUUCCGUGCCCGUUUCCUGCUUGCGGAAAAGUUUUUGCGAGGAGUGAAAACUUGAAAAUACAUAAGAGGACACAUACAGGUGAAAAACCGUUCAAAUGCGAGCACUCCGGCUGUGACCGUCGCUUUGCCAACUCAUCCGACCGCAAAAAGCACUCGCACGUCCACACGUCGGACAAGCCGUACAAUUGUCGUGUCGGAGGCUGCGACAAGAGCUAUACACAUCCUAGUUCCUUAAGGAAACACAUGAAAGUACAUGGCAUGAGCAAUUGUUGCCCCGAUGGAACCACAAACGGCACAGGCGCCGGCUCUGGAAACAACCGAACUGGUUACGAUAGCGAAGGUGAAGAUUCCACGUCCUCCGUGGGAUCCUUAUCAGGACACCAGACCAGCAGCCACAUUGCCGGUCAUCAGCCUCAAGCUCAGCCAACCACCAACCACAUCCAUUUGAACAAUCAGAAGAACAUAAGUCCUCCUCUGGCAAGACAAUGUUCCCCACUAGUCACAGUGAACAACCAAAAGAGCGAAUGGUACACACAUGAGCCAUCUCUUGGCAAUCACCACGCAUUUGACCACCAUUUCAACCAUCAUUUGAGCCCGCUGAAUCAUCAUUUGAAUCUUAAUCAUCAUCAUUUGAUGAUGAACCAUCACCACACAGGUGCCGCAACGGCAUAUUGACAUUAGUGAAUAGAGGUGAUUUUAGUGUAAAUAUUGUAAAAAGUAGGAUAACAAUUUCUCUGUAUCACUUGAAGCUAUUGAUUUUAAUUAGAACAGUUUUAAGCAUUUUAUAAACAUCGAA